CCGGCGGGUGCUCCCUCGCGGUUCCGCAACUAUACCCCAGCGUGCCGAGCCCGCGUGCCGGCCACGUGCUCUCCGCAAUCCGCUCGACACUGGCGGCACCCCGCUUUUUUGCUUGAACUUCAUUGAUAAUCGCUGAUAACUGGACCUAAUAAUCACGUUGUCGUAGUAAACAACAAAGUGAACUUUCUGACUAACGUCGAUUGCCAAAUAUUUGUGUGCAGCGACUGCAGGGGUCGAAGUAACCUUUUAAGAAAAUCAGUACUUGAUGCUGUAAAUGGACCGUCAUAAUUUUUCGAGUUCUGUGCACGAAUUGGAAUGGAGUGUCCACAAACUGCUUCCGAAAAUCAUGAUAGGUCAUACAAGCUGUACAAUAUGUACAAGAGACCUGAAAAUCUCGAAGUGCCCCUGUCCGCUACUCGCGACGCCAAGAACAGUGUGUACGCCAUGAAUGAUCAGACAUUUCACACUCCUUCAUUUGGUGACGAAGAAUUUGAUAUUCCUUUAAUACACGGGCAGCAUGCGCCGGGAUCAGGAGUCCAGAAUACGCAUAUUCAGUACACACAAUUACACCACGCUGCGCCGCAGGUAGGCAUGAUGAAUCCAGCACAGGACGGCUUGGCCCCACCAGGUGGUGCUCCUUCUUAUCAACAACCUCUUUAUUUACAAGAGCCGCACACGCCUGUCACAACACACAGUGGGGCAGGUGCUCCAGCAGGCAAUUAUAUGAUUCAGCAACAACCUGGAGGUCAACAGCGGCUCUUAAUAAUGCAACCUGCGCAAGCUAUAAGUGGGCCACCGACUCCAAGUACACCAACACAGCCAUCAGGACCAGUCUAUGGCUCCCCACAAAGAGCAUCACCACCAGGCACUACAAGUGAUGACUCAGAUGACAGUGUACCUUCACAGCAUUCUCAGUUGCCUGGUGAUGCGGAAAGCCUUCUGCCUAUCCAUUAUUGCUCAGCGAGCCGGCAGCAACAAACUACGCUUCAUCAGAUUGGUGUUGCAAACAUGGCUGUCAAAAGAACUUCACCUGAUCCAAUGGACAAUGGAAUGAACCGUGGACAGAUGCAGAAAAAGCCUAAAGUUCAGAAAAAAAAGAAAAAACGAGACCCAAAUGAACCACAAAAGCCAGUAUCAGCAUAUGCCUUAUUCUUCAGAGAUACCCAAGCAGCAAUCAAAGGUCAAAACCCUAAUGCUAGUUUUGGGGAAGUUUCAAAGAUAGUUGCUUCAAUGUGGGAUGGUUUAGACUCAGAACAUAAAAGUGUUUACAAACAAAAGACAGAAAUAGCAAAAAAAGAAUACCUUAAGGCUCUUGCUGCCUACAGAGCCAGUCUAGUAUCAAAGGGUGGAGAACAAGAAAACCAAGCAAUGUACAACCACACUAAUAAUGGUAAUGUGUGUGGAACUAACAGUGGCACCACAUACAGUAACUACUACCAAGGACAGACUUAUGGAAAUAAUCAUUCGCCUCAGAACUAUGUGCAAAAUGCUUCCCCUCAAAGAUACUCUCCGCAAAAUUACUCACCUGGUCAGCCACAACCCUCAUAUCCCGGGCCAGCUCAACAGUAUCCACCUAACUCUCAACAAUCUCCUCAAAAUUACCAAGCCAAUAUGACAAUUGCUCCCCAAACAUACCAGAAUGUUCCAGCCCAAUCACCACAGGGCUAUCAAAUAAACUCUUCAACGUCAAAUCAGAAUUGUCAACCAAAUGUUGCUCAAUCACCUAGAAACUACCAACCCACACAGUCACCAACAAAUUACCCUGCAAGUUCUUCAAUGUCACCACCUGGGUACCGACAGGUGCAGGCAACAUCACCUCCAAUGGGAACAGUACAUCCUGCCAUGCAAUACCAUCCUCAACAGCAAAUACAAGCAACACAUGCUCAGAUGCAACAGGCCCAAGUUCAUCAAGUGCAGCAGUACCAGCAACAACAACAAACUCAGCAGCAGCAGCAACAACAACAACAACAACAAAUGUUAAAACAACAGCAAAGUCAGCAGCAACAGAUUUUACAACAAUCUCAGCAACAACAGUUGUUGCAUCAACAAAACCAACAGCAAAUGCUACAACAACAAUCGCAGCAGACUCAAAAUUCCCAGCAGCAACAACAGGCCCAACCACCACAAGUGCAGCAGCAAAUGCAGCCGAUUAAAUCUGAGCAAAAUGCACCCAAUACUAGUGGUAAUGGGCAUCCACAACAAUCUACCGAACAAAAUGAAAAGAGAAGUAAUUCUUGCAUUCGACAGGGCUGCACAAAUCCAGCGAUAUCAAACAGCGAAUGGGAGGAUGAGUACUGCUCCAAUGAAUGUGUAGUCAGCCAUUGCAGAGAUGUCUUUAGUUCCUGGGUGGCAUCAAACAACAGUAAUCAAAUGCAAAACUUCUCAGCAGUUAAAUAAACAUAUCAGCAGGAAUAACAAGUAAUGUAGUUUGUUCAUAGUUUCGAUAUUUAAAUUACAUGCCAUACUUUUUAAAUUCGAUGUUCCAUUCUAGGCCGUAAACAUGCAAAUCAAACUAUGAAAUGGCAGCCAUUCCUAAAACUAAUGUUUUGAUGAUACUUAUGAUUUAUAUUAUGAAAUAUUAUUUUUCAAUUUGUUCAUAAUGGUUCUUGUGGCAAAAAAAAAAUCGGUUCUAAUUAUUUUUAUGUUUAGGAUCAUGCUCGAUUUUUAAAUCAUAUACAAAACACAGCAAGUUAUGUUGUUAUGUCACACCAAAUGUCCUUAAGUUUAACUAUGACUUACAAUUGUCUUUAUUUUGUUAGGCAUAAUGCUGACUAUUUUGUCUCUUAAGGAUAAUUGUAAAAAAUGAAAGCAAUAAUUAUCAGCCUUGUAUUUGUAUAAAAUAAACCUCCAUACAGUAAAUUAUUAAUUAAGUAGAUUUAGUGGUGUAAAUAAAUUAUUAUUAAGCAUUAUCGUUGCAAACUAGUGUUACAUCUGGUGGUCAUAGAAUAUGUUUUGCGUUACUUUACUUCAUUAUAGUUAGUUUUUAUGUUAAUUAUGGAUGGGAUAAAAUACUAAGUACCUAAUAUGUUUAUGUUAAAAAAAUAUGUUCCACAAGACCCUAUUUUGUACAUAAAUAUAUUUUAACUUAGGACUUAAUAAAUAAAUUCGCCUUAUAGUCUUGAGAUCACUAGUGUAGGUGUAGUUAAAUAUUUUCGAUAACAUGCAUUUUAUUAGUUUGUUACAAUCCAUCAGUAUUUGUUACGACUAUUUAUAAAGUAACAUAAUAUUAGAAAUGUAUAAUAAUAAAUUAUUAGUGUUGGCACAUAGAAACUGUUCUUAACAGAGGCUAUUUGUAAUCAAAUAUACAUUACUUCUGAAAGUGUUAUGCUUGAAAUUUAACAAACUGUGUAAAUGGCAAUUGUAGCUAAAUAAACUACAUAAAAUUAGUUACAUUAAGCAAUAAUGAAUUGCAAUUCUUUCUCUAGAUAUUCAAUAAGUUAUAGAACUUAGUUGGACCAAAAUUUUCUUUAGUCUUAUUAACAUUACUUUAUAGAAAUGGAACAAGAACAUUUUCUUGCAAAAAAAAUGUAAAUAAAAGACUCGCAAUUAUAGUCUUAGAUCUAGAUAUUAACCGAAAUAUUUUUUGUUUAUAUUUUAAUCUGUAGUCUUGAUAAAUUGGAUUUCAUUUGAAAUCUUAUGGUUAUGUAAAAUACAAUUGAAAUAAUGUAUAAAUUGUAACUAGACAACCCAACUUCAUUAAAUUUCUU